ACAGAUAUUAGUAACCAGUUUUUUAGUGAAGGCCUGAGCAAGGUAGACGACUUAAAACUCGUGACAGAGAGCGCGUGACCCACACAAAGUUGUAUAGGGAAGUCCUUGUGGGUAAAUUUGUACUGGCAACAUGUCAGGGGAUUGGAGCAAUAGUUUGUUCGGAUGUUUUAAUGAUUUUGGGAUCUGUAUCAUCACCUACAUCAUCCCAUGUUACACGUUUGGCAAGAACGCCGAGGCGGUGGGUGAAAGUUGCUGCUGUUGUGGUAUGGCGUACUUCGUCCCCGUGCUGCACCUGGUGGCUGGAACCUCAAUACGAGGCCGGGUCAGACAGGAGAAGGGAAUCCUGGGGUCCAUGCUGGGGGACUUCCUGGCCGUUCUAUUCUGUCCAUUCUGUGCCAUUAUCCAGGAGGCCCAGGAACUCCGCGGAGACCGACUGAUGGGAAUGGCCAGGGAAUGAUGGAUGAAUAAUGUAGACUAAAGCGGACUGUGUCUAUAUUAUGUAAACUGUACAUCAUUGUCUUCAGUGCAAUAGAAGAGAGAGAGAGAGAGAGAGAGAGAGAGAGAGAGAGAGAGAGAAAGAGAGAGAGGGGAAA